AUGACCACGUCCCCCAGAGGGGCUCCUGGGGAGAGGGCAGAGCAGCACGGAGCGCUGGAGCUGGCUGCCGCUGGCAAGAGCCAUGGAGGCCUUGGGGGCAGCUACAAGGUGACCGCGAAUGAAACGGACAAUUUCCAGGGCAAGCGGUGCGAGCUCUCGGCCGAGUGCCCCAACCCCACCGACAGCCUGCUGGAGAAGGUGGGCUCCAUCCAAGUGGAGGUGGGGCCGUGGCUGGCGUUCAAGCACAGGGCCUUCUGUAGGGAGCAGUAUGUCCUGGAGACGGGGGAUUACCCUCGCUGGGGCGCCUGGUCCAACAGCCACCACAGCGACAGCCUCCUCUCCCUCCGGCCUCUGCGCAUUGAUGGUCCGGAUCACAAGCUUCAUCUGUUUGAGAACCCAGCUUUUGGUGGCCGCAAGAUGGAGACAGUGGACGAUGACGUGCCCAGCCUCUGGGCUCACGGUUUCCAGGACCAGGUGGCCAGCGUCCGGGCCAUCAACGGGACGUGGGUUGGCUAUGAGUUGCGCUACCAUGGGCGCCAGUACAUGUUCGAGCAGGCUGAGUACCGCCAUUGGAAGGAGUGGGACGCCAGCCAGCUGCAGCUGCAGUCUGUGCGCUGCAUCCGCGACCGGAAGGGGCACCCGCGGAGCCGCUCCCUCAGCGGCGGAAGGGCCCAGCGGCCUGGGCUCACCCUGCGGGACAGCAAAGGCAAGAAGAGGAGGCCUCAGGGUUGGGGCGAGGCCUGUCUGUCCUCCCUUCCCCAGAACCUGCUCAAUGAAGCCUGGGGCCGGACCCCACCUGCCGUGUUCCUCUGUGGUCACUUCCUGAGCAGGCCAGGCCUGCAGGAGGGGCAGCCCGAGGGAGGUUGGGGCUUGGGCGCUCUGAGACGCCAAGCGGGGCUGUGA